AGAGUCCAGCCCAUCCCAACCCAUCUAACAUACGUUCCAGUUGUUCCACCACCUCCGCCAGGCCACGAAGCGAGAAGCGAGAAGCGACGAAGCCACGAAGAAGGCAUUUAAGGCACGAAGCCCUCCACACUCCCGUUCAGCCAGCCUUCUUCGUCGAGCGUCCAGCUGCCCAGCCGACCUGUGCUGCCUCCCGCCGUUCAGGGUCCUGCACAGCAGCACUCUUGCGAAGCCAUCUAGCUCUCUGCCUCUCUCUCACUCUUCACCCUCCCAAUCGUCCAGUAUAUAAUCUCACCUUCAGAAUAAAUGUUCUGGAUAUGCUGCUGGAAAUGUUAUCAUAUUGUGUGCACUUGGAAGCUUUCAAGUGUUUAACUAAGCGUCUAUCAUGUUAGCCUGUUCAGAACAAUCAAAUCUUAACUUGUCUACUCAUAACAGUAAGUCAGUAACACAAAACUUAAACUUGUUUGGAACUCAACCUUAGGCUAUCAGCAGUUUAUACAAGCCACAAUGGCGCAUCACAUGGUCUUCGGAUCAAUGCGAGGAGCUGCACAGAAGCUUCUGUCGCAACCCAAAGCGCUUUUAACCACAACUAGGAAUUUCAUUUCGGAAAUGCGAAAGGAAGCUUUUGAAGGAAACAUCAUUAGAUUACUCCGAAGUGAGAUCCAAUAUGAGAUUGACAACUCACUUCCCUCCAAGCCUGUCCCUAAAUUUGGACCAUUUAUGAUUGAUGAAAGGCCGGGAGAGCAAUGGACUAGACUUAAUAGGAAAUUUGGAGAGAAAGAAGAGAUAAAGAUUGAUGUAACCAUGUUUGAUGGAUUUGUUCCGGUUAAAAAAGGUGGUAAUAUUUCCAAAGAAGAUGAAGUGUAUCUUCAUGCUACAAUGAUUGUUGAUAUCUUUAAAGGAGAAAACAAUGACGUGUUGGAGUUUGUUUGCUCUGCAUGGCCUAACAGCAUUGAGAUCCGUAAAGUUACAAUGCGUAUGCAUGGUCCAGCUACAGCUCAGCUUUACACUGGACCCCCCUUUAAGGAACUAGAUGAUAAACUGCAGGAUGAACUCUAUAACUUCCUAGAGACCAGGGGAAUCGAUGAUGAUAUGGGUGUGUUCUUAAAUCACUACAUGAGGAACAAAGCCAAAAUUGAAUACAUUCGUUGGAUGGGAAAGGCCAAAUCUUUCAUAGAGAGGAAGUAGGGGAGGUACUUAUUUUUUCACUGUAAAAACAGUACACACAUUGUGUUUCUAUUUUUCGACAUUGUUUUGUUGGUUUCCUGACAUAGUAAAAAAUGUCCUUGUUGAUAAGAGCAAAGUUAAUGGUGGAACAUCAUGGCCUAUUUGCUGUUUGGUCCUUUAUUUUAAGGGAACUAGAUGAUAAACUGCAGGAUGAACUCUAUAGCUUCCUAGAGACCAGGGGAAUCGAUGAUGAUAUGGGUGUGUUCUUAAAUCACUACAUGAGGAACAAAGCCAAAAUUGAAUACAUUCAUUGGAUGGGAAAGGCCAAAUCUUUCAGAGAGGAAGUAGGGGAGCUACUUAUUUUUUCACUGUAAAAACAGUACACACAUUGUGUUUCUAAUUUCCGACAUUGUUUUGUUGGUGCCCUGACGUAGUAAAAAAUGUCAAGAGUUUGGUAUUAUGCAGAAACUAAGCUAAGUAAAGCAAUGUUCGUAAAAGAUUUUCAUAUAUUGCGAAUUGAUCUCAUGUGUUUCUGAAUAUGCAUAAGACUUGUAUGCUGG